AUGGCAAAUGACUCUCCGGAUCAACCAAAGUACGCCGUCACAGUACACGAUACUCCCAAAUUCGAUCUUGCCGCCUACAUCUCCAACUACAAGGGCCGAACAGUCUUUCGACGACUCCACCUCAUCGCAUCAUGUUCGACCGUCUUGGAAGAGGAAGCUGCACGAUUGGCAGUCAUCGAGGCAAAGAAAGGCAAGGAUGUUCGAAAUUAUCAAGAGGCUGUCGCACUGUUGAAGCGGGUGGCGAAGGGCAAGAAUCUGGACCAUCUCUUAGAUCCGGUAUGGGCUGCACAACAAGAGAAAAAGAAUAUCGCCGAGACAGCCCGUCUGGAAGGUGAACUGAAGGGGUAUAAAAAUAACCUGAUCAAAGAGAGCAUACGAAUGGGGAACGAAGACUUGGGUACUCACUACUACACCAUUGGCGAUCUGAACAAUGCCGUCAAAGCCUAUUCACGCAUGCGGGAUUACUGCACGACGCCCGCCCACAUCGCCUCUACGGCGUUCAGGAUCAUAGCUGUGGCAAUCGAACAGAAGAAUUGGCUGGCGGUUCAGUCCCAAGUACACAAGAUCCGCAAUCUUCAAAUGAAGCCGGACGACAUGACUAGAAAUCAACCCAAGACACAUUCCGCCAUGGGUCUUCAGCAGAUGUCCACUGGGGAAUACCGAGAGGCUGCUAUGAGCUUUCUCAACACCGACGCCAGUUUGGGAGACAGUUACAGCGAUGUGCUGACGAGCAACGAUGUGGCCGUCUAUGGAGGUCUAUGCGCACUGGCAUCCAUGUCUCGAUCUGAAUUGCAAGCGAAAGUCCUGGAGAACACCAACUUUCGUAACUUCCUCGAAUUAGAACCUCACAUUCGUCGAGCCAUUGCCUUCUUCUGUGCAAGCAAGUAUAGUCAAUGUCUGGAAAUUCUCGAAUCCUACCGAGCAGACUAUCUUCUGGACAUCUAUCUUCAACCCCUAGUUGCCGACAUCUACAAGAAAGUGCGGACAAAGAGCAUCAUUCAGUACUUCCAACCGUUCAGCAAAGUCACCCUGGCUGGUAUGGAGCAGAUGUUCGGUAGUCCUGUGGCUGCAAGCGCAACGGCCAAUGGCCAGGCACCACCCCAGCAGGAGUUUCUGGAUGAGAUCAUCUCUUUGAUUGGAGAUGGCAAGCUCGAUGCCCGAAUUGAUAUGGAACACGGCGUGCUCCAGGCCGUUGAACAUAAUCCCCGAGGUGAAGCUCAGCAAGCGGCUCUUGAUAUGGUCGAUGGAUUUACUCGUGAAGCCCGGAUGAAACUGAUCCGGUUACAAGUCCUCAAUGCCGGGUUGGAGGUCAAACCACCAGCUAGGAAGAAGACGUGGGAGGCAACAGAUCAAGGGGACACAUUAUGGGAUGAAGGGACAUCGGCGCUUGCUGCUAAUGCUAGUGGUUAUCCACAAUCAGGUCCUGGAGGACAAGUUUCGAUACAGGCUCAGGCCCACGCUCAAAAGGGCAGAUAG